AUGCUGAGUGGCUCUGGCAGCUACUGUGGUUUAAGGUCGUUAGUCAUCAGCUGCUGCUGCAGGAGACACAGGAACGCUGAGCCAGAGCUGGUCAUGCUACCACCUUGGUCCUCCCAGGCCAGCAGGAUGAGGAGGUCUAGACAGACAUUCUUUAAUUUAUUCUGCAUCCUCUGUCUCCUGCUGAAGGCUGCCUUUUCCUCCUCUCUUCCCUGUGGAAAGGACUCAGAAGCUCCUUCGCUGUACAAAGGGCACACCUGUGUGGGGUGUGUGCUGGUGGUGUCUGUAAUUGAACAGCUUGCACAGUGGCACAACAGUACAGUCAAGGCAGCUGUGGAGAGGCUGUGCAACUACAUACCUGAAAAACUGCAAGGCUUCUGCUAUGUACUUGCUGAACUGUAUGGACCACACAUAGCUGAACUCAUAGACAGGGAAAUGAAUGCCGACGUGGUCUGCCACUCCUUGAAGCUGUGUAAACAGGAUCCAGGACAACCUCUUUGUCAUCUCUACCCUCCUCCAAAGGGGGGGCUGACUACUGCAAUAAGGAGAGCAAAAAGGGCUGUGAAGAAGUCCCAGAAUCUGAGAAGCUUCCCAGCGUUCUCAAGUGUGUGUGCCUUUCCUCUUCUGGCUAACCUGUGUGAGAAGAUUAAAUAUGUUAUAAGAAAUAAACUGCCUUUUGAAGACUUUGAUGGAGAUAAAUUUAGUACUUUCCCGACUUUGAGGGGCUACCACUGGCGAGGCAGGGACUGCAAUGACAGAAACACCACCGUGUACCCUGGCAGGCGCCCUGAGAACUGGGAUGUGACCAGUGACUCUAACUGCAACGGCAUAUGGGGUGUGGAUCCAAAGGAUGGAAUUCCCUACGAGGAGAAAUUCUGCAAAGGUGCAGGCUCCCGAGGGGUGGUGCUGCUGGGAGACUCCGCCGGCGCUCACUUCCACAUCCCGCCCGAGUGGAUGACGGUCACGCAGAUGUCAGCGAAAUCCUUUGCUAAUCUCCCAAUGGCUUUCAGUGAUGAGCUUGACUGGCCCCAGUUCUCAGAGUUCACUGGGUUUCUGAACUCCACCAUUGGAGGCUGGACAGACUCUCUGUACCUCCGUCUGCGCAGGAGAAACCGCUGCAACCACAGAGACUUGCAGAACAUCUCCCAGAAUGGUGGCUCUUCAGGAAACCUCCUCUCUUUAAUAAAAAGCCUGGCCAGGAACCAGCUGCUGGACAACCCAGCCAUAGUUAUCUACGCCACCAUUGGGAAUGAUGUCUGCAAUGGGGAGCGUGACACCCUGGCUCACAUGACGACCCCCAAGGAGAUGCUCUCCAAUGUGCUGCAAGCCCUGCACUACUUGGACUCCAGGCUCCCCACUGGCAGCCACCUCCUUCUGACAGGCUUGGUAGAUGGUCGCUUCCUCUGGGACAACCUGCAUGACAGAUACCACCCUCUAGGCCAGCUGAACAAGGAUGUUACAUACAGUCAAAUCUAUUCAUUCCUUGACUGCCUCCAGGUGAGCCCCUGCAGUGGUUGGCUGACCCCCAAUGAGACCCUCAGGAAUCUGACCUCAGAGAGAGCCUUGCAACUUUCCAGUGUCCUGGAGGAAAUAGCAAGGUCUGAGAAGUUUACCAACUUUGAUGUUUUCUACAUGGACUUCCCCCUGAAACAGACUGCAGAACAGUGGCACAAGAUGGGAGGCCAGCCCUGGCAGCUGAUUGAACCAGUGGAUGGCUUCCACCCCAGCCAGGUUGCUGCUGCCCUUGGAACGAGCAUCACCUGGCAGAAGGUGCUGCAGGAGUGGCCUCAAGUCCUUGGGAAGGAGAAUCCAUUCAAUGACCAGAUCCAAGCUCUGUUCAAAGACCAAGGUGGACACUGA